AUGUGGUGCACAACGCCUGAAAUUUCAUGGCAUAAUCGUGAUCCGGUAUUAAGUAUCGAUAUACAGACUGGAGUUUAUAAAACAUCGAAAGAUGAAAUUUUCUGGCGACUUGCGACCGGUGGUGCUGAUUCGCACGUUCUGAUAUGGCAUCUAACAACAAAUGAAAAUGGAGGUGCUAUUGUAAAGUGCGUUGCCGAUCUAGAACGGCAUCAAAAAGCAGUAAAUGUAGUGCGAUUUUCACCCUCAAAAGAUAUUUUAGCUUCAGGAGAUGAUGAAUCAACCAUUGUUUUGUGGAGGCAAAAAGAAGAUUGUGAAUUUUUCAUAAUUUCUGAUGAUAAUAAAGAUAAAGAGCAAUGGACUUCUUGGAAAGUAUUAAGAGGACACCUUGAGGAUGUUUAUGAUAUCAGUUGGUCUCCAAAUUCUAAUAUGUUAGCUUCUGGAUCUGUAGAUAAUACAGCUAUUUUGUGGGAUGUUCAUAAAGGUCGUUCUACAGCUAUAUUAUCUGAUCAUAAAGGAUUUGUACAAGGAGUUUCUUGGGAUCCUUGCAAUCAAUAUAUAUGUACUAUAAGUACAGAUAGGAUAUGUCGUUUAAUUGAUAUAAAUACUAAAAAGACAGUACAACGGGUUUAUAAAGCCAAGAUUCCAACUACAGUAGCUCAUCCAAUAAAAGAUAAAAUAGUACGGUUAUUUUAUGAUGAUACUUUUAAAUCAUAUUUCAGACGAUUAACAUUUUCUAUAGAUGGAUUAUUACUUAUUGUACCUUCUGGUAUAAUUGAGCCUUUAGAAACUACAGAAAGAGUAUCUAAUACAACUUUAAUUUUUUCAAGACAUAAUUUGAAAGAACCCCUUAUGCUUCUACCUUCUUUGGAUGAAUGCACUAUUGCAGUACGAUGUUGUCCAAUCUAUUUCGAAUUACAAAAGACUGGUCCAACACCUGUGAUAACACUGCCUUAUAGAAUGGUGUUUGCUGUUGCAACACAGCACUCAGUAAUGGUUUAUGAUACCCAACAAAUUUCACCAAUAGUUGUAAUAUCAAAUAUUCACUAUACAAGAUUAACUGAUGUUGCAUGGUCAAGUGAUGGUAGAAUUUUAAUUGCUUCUUCGACAGAUGGUUAUUGUUCUAUAAUAAAUUUUCAAAAAGGUGAAUUAGGUGAAGAAUAUAAAAAACAAAGUGACAUCCCAACAAAACAUACCAGUGAUAAUGAUCUUAAAGAAGCUACAUCAAAUUUUGCUAUUAGAAGUGAGAAACCUUUACCAACUACUGAUAUAGAUAAUAGUGCCAUUGAUAUAGAUAUUGCAAAAAAUGACUCAAAAGAAAAUUUGUACAAGACUUCAGAAAAUUCUUUAAAUCAGAGUAAUAGAUUAUUGGACCAUACUAAUCAGAAAAUAGAUUUAAAUAAUAAAAUGGACAUAGAAGAGACUGAAGAUAUUAAAUUAGUUUAUAAUGAAGAAAGUACUAACGGAAUUAGUAAAACAAUUACAAAACAUAUACCUAAAAAAUUAGAAAUUCCCAUAAUAAUCCCUAAUAAAACACCUCGAAGAGUACAAUUAAUUACACUUUCUAGUCCAAAGGGACUCAAAAAGGAAUAA